CCGUAUGUGAUCAACCUGGACCCCGCCGUGCACGACCUGCCCUUCCCCGCCAACAUCGAUAUCAGGGACACUGUGAAAUACAAAGAAGUCAUGAAACAAUACGGGCUGGGCCCAAAUGGUGGAAUAGUGACUUCUCUCAAUCUCUUUGCUACAAGAUUUGAUCAGGUGAUGAAGUUUAUUGAAAAAAGACAAAAUUCAUCCAAGUAUGUUAUUAUUGACACACCAGGGCAAAUUGAGGUAUUCACCUGGUCAGCAUCAGGAACCAUCAUAACUGAGGCCUUGGCUUCCUCUUUUCCUUCAGUUGUUGUUUAUGUGAUGGACACCUCUCGCAGUACUAACCCUAUCACCUUUAUGUCCAACAUGCUGUAUGCCUGCAGUAUCCUGUACAAGACAAAGCUACCUUUCAUUGUUGUCAUGAACAAAACUGACAUAAUUGACCACAGUUUUGCAGUAGAAUGGAUGCAGGACUUCGAAACUUUUCAGGAUGCCCUGAAUCAAGAGACAUCCUAUGUCAGUAAUCUGACUCGUUCUAUGAGUUUAGUGUUGGAUGAAUUUUACAGUUCACUGAAGGUCGUUGGUGUUUCUGCUGUGCUCGGCACAGGCCUGGAUGAUUUUUUUGGUCAGCUUUCUAAAGCUGUAGAUGAAUACGAGAGAGAAUAUCGUCCAGAAUAUGAGCGCCUGAGAAAAACACUGGAGAAAGCUCAAAAUAAACAAAAGAGAGAGCAGCUGGAACACUUGUGGAAGGACAUGGGCAGUGUGUGUGUGCAGGGCAACACACUUGCAGGAUCUGAUGAUGCUUCUCCAAUGGGUCCCUCUGAGCUGAUCCUAACACGAGGAACUCUCGAUGAGGAAGAAGAGAGGGAGAGUGAUACUGAUGACAUUGACCAUGAAGUUACUGAGGAGAGUCAUGAAGAACCAGCCUUCAGAAACUUUAUGCAAGAGACGCGGAUGAAAUACCAGAGAAGGAGCAACCGGAAUGAACAAGACAUUCAGAAAUAGAGGGUCUAGAAUCCCUUGUAAUGGAGUUAAAAGUAAAGGAACAGCAUAAUGAAACUUGC